GCAAGAAUGUCAUCUGUGACCGUACUGCGACGCCACUGGACGCCUUUCGCAUGAUGUCAGCCGCCCACUACUACCCCAAGCUCAUGAGCAUCAUGGGCAAUGUGCUGCGCUUCCUGCCGGCCUUUGUGCGCAUGAAGGAGCUGAUCGAGGAGGGCUAUGUGGGCGAGCUGCUGGUGUGCGAGGUGCAGGUGCACAGCGGCAGUCUGCUGGGCAAGAAGUACAACUGGAGCUGCGACGACCUGAUGGGCGGUGGCGGCCUACACUCUGUGGGCACCUACAUCAUCGACCUACUCACCUUUCUCACAGGCCAGAAGGCCGUCAAGGUCCACGGGCUGCUCAAGACCUUUGUAAAGCAGACGGACCACAUCAAGGGUAUCCGUCAGAUCACCAGCGAUGACUUCUGCACCUUCCAGAUGGUGCUGGAGGGUGGAGUGUGCUGCACCGUGACCCUGAACUUCAAUGUUCCUGGAGAGUUCAAGCAGGACGUGACUGUGGUGGGCUCCGCUGGGAGGCUUCUGGCGGUAGGCACUGACCUUUAUGGGCAGCGCAAUAGUGCCCCGGAGCAGGAGCUGCUGCUGCAGGACACUACAUCCGUGAGCAAUUCCCUGCUGCCUGAGAAGGCGUUCAGCGACAUCCCCUCGCCCUACCUGCGGGGCACCAUGAAGAUGAUGCAGGCAGUGCGCCAGGCCUUCCAGGAUCAGGAUGACCGGCGCACGUGGGACGGUCGGCCUCUUACCAUGGCUGCCACCUUCGACGACUGCCUGUAUGCUCUCUGCGUGGUAGACACCAUCAAGAGGUCCAGCCAGACUGGAGAGUGGCAGAACAUUGCCAUCAUGACAGAGGAGCCGGAGCUGAGCCCCGCCUACCUGAUCAGUGAGGCCAUGCGCAGAAGCAGGAUGUCCCUCUACUGUUAGCACUGGGACCUGGUGGACUCGACCUGCUGCGUGGGGCCAGUUAGGGGGAAAUGCUCUGUGGAGAGGGUAGCCAUAGGUGGGGAUUGUGGGAAGGGCAGCGUGAAUGCACAGCGUAAGAGGGUGGUCCCCGUCCUCGGUAGAGGGCCCCCAAAUCCAAGGUGGUGGUGGGCCGACUUCAUAUUCAGGAGGGCGUGCCCUCCUAAUUGGGUAUGUGAUGAAAGGAAGGUGGUUUACCUAGCACCUUUGUAUUCCAUUACUGUGAGAAGCUGGAAGGGGCUGCCCCCUGCCCUACCUCAUCCAUCGGCAUGUCUUGGCCGUCUUUGCAAGCCAAGGCUGUGUAUCUGAUGACACGCUCAGAGGGAGCUAGGCUCUCUGUCAGCGCCCUCCACUGGCAGGAGAGGGCACUUCAUCAAGUGUCUACAAAGGAUUUUUUGGUGUUUUUGUUUUUUGUUUUUGGUUUUUUCAGUGUAGGGAGGUAGAGGAGGUGGGUGGGGCUGGUGAAAAAGUUGUAAUUCCGGGAAGCCACUGUGUGUUUUACUUUAAGGAUCUGAAGGAAAAGUACUUGGUAGCAAAGUGCACAGCUUCCUUGAUUGCUUUGGGUCCUAGGAAGCAUCAGGGCCUAUCUGACUGGCUCACUGAUGUCCACCUGGUACGGUGGGCUUCUGCAAUGGAGAGCGACUGAGGUGGUAAGCUGUACCUCUGAGGUGACCAAGACGACAGACAGGCUGCACGGAGCCACUUCAGAGCCCUCCUUCAGUAGGGGGUGGGACUAGUGUGAGUGGCAAUCCAGGGGUCCUGCCAUGCUCUCUAGGCAACGCUAAGAAUGCCACACAUAGCAUGGGCUUGCCUGUCGCUGCCUGCCUGGGUCAGGACAGCUGCAUUCCUGAGUGUUGCAGAAUGAGCUCCCCCAAAAAGGGAACAUGAGCCCAGCCCCAGAGUUGCUGUAAGCCCAACUGCCAAGCUGAAGAAAGACAUGGAGGAGGAAAGACAUUAGACAUUUGUGGGUUUAAACAGGAAGCCAUUCCCUUCACUUCCACAGAACACUUUUCCCUUAACGAGAGCCAGGGCUCUUUCCCUUCC